AUGAUGUCAGGAACCAAGACUGUGGUUGGGCUUUCAUGGGAACCUAAUUUGGCUGUGUUUUCUUCCACUGGAAAGGAUAAGUGCCCUGAAACUGAAAUCAGUGCUCUGUACAAACCCAAUUCUGAGCUCGUCGAUGGUCUUUUUCUUCCUCCCAAUGACCCCAGAAAGUUAAACAAACUGAUUAAGAAACAAGUCAAGGACACUGCUGGAAAAAAUUGGUUUGAUAUGCCUGCUCAAACCAUGACACCGGAGUUAAAAAAAGAUCUACAGCUUCUGAAGUUGAGGGGUGCCCUAGAUCCGAAGAGGCACUAUAAGAAGGGUGAUUCUAAAUCCAAAACACUGCCCAAGUAUUUCCAGGUGGGCACUGUGAUAGAGUCGGCAACGGAGUUCUUCUCUGGUAGACUUACUAAAAAGGAGAGAAAGCCAACCCUUGCUGAUGAGCUGCUUGCUGAUAGUACCCUUGGUGAUUAUAGAAAACGCAAGGUUCGAGAGAUUGAAGAGGCAAACCGGCCUGCUGGGGUGGACAAGUGGAAGAGAAGCAAGUCAAAGAAGCAUGCAAAGGGCAGGAAAAAGGUGUAA